CCGCAAGAAAAGGAAAAGUUUCCCGUUAAAAGGCCCCUUCCGUUCGGCCAUUCCCAUCCGCGCGCGAGAGAGAUGGGGAAUGAUCUGACGGAGGAGCAGGUGGCCUCGAUGCGCGAGGCGUUCGCUUUGUUCGACACGGACGGCGACGGGCGGAUCGCGGCGUCGGAGCUGGGGAUCCUGAUGCGAUCGCUCGGGGGUAACCCGACCCAGGCCCAGCUGAAGGAGAUCGCGGCCUCGGAGGGUCUGACCGCGCCCUUCGACUUCCCCCGUUUCCUGGAGCUCAUGCGGAAGCACCUCCGCCCGGAACCCUUCGACCGCCAGCUACGCGACGCCUUCCGCGUCCUCGACAAGGACUCCACCGGCGUUGUCUCCGUCUCCGACCUUCGCCACGUCCUCACCAGCAUCGGCGAGAAGCUCGAUCCCGCCGAGUUUGACGAGUGGAUCCGCGAGGUCGACGUCGGCCCGGAUGGCACCAUCCACUACGAGGACUUCAUCCUCCGCAUGGUUGCCAAGUAAAACGAGAUGAACCAGCACCCUAAUCUUGAUCUUCCGGAUCUAUCUGGGCCUGACCUUACGAUUGCUUGUUUUUGGGUUGAUUGCUGUAUUUUAACGUCGGAGAUUGGUAUUCGAAGCGAGUGGAUGGAGAAAUGCAUGUAGCUUUGUUUCAUGAAAUGACAACUUUAUGAAAUUGGAACUGUGGUUUAUUGGAUAUGUUCUGACGAGUUUUGCCUCAUCUGAUGUCAUGUUUAUUUUAUCAUUUAAUGCAUUUCUGUUUCUUUUUUUA